CGUAGGCCUAUAAUUGUAGGCCUAUAAAAAUAAGGAAUGAUAUUACCUUAUGUGAUAAGUAGGUUAUGGGUAAAGAAUGUACUGAUUGAGUCGUUCAGGGUGUAAGCAGAUUCCUAUUGGAGAGGACGCAGCCCUGUAGGCGUGGCUGUCCAGAGUAAGCGGCCAAGGUGUUGUUAUUCGGUAUGGUUAGGAGCCGGAGCAAGAAGACGCACGAGGGAAGACAGUCGUGGAGUGUAGAUUUUUUUCUGAGAAUAGGAGGCUGUUUCACUAAAUAUUGUUGAAAGAAAAAGUGUGGCGCAAGGAUUAGGCGUUGCUGCCUGAAAAUUCCGUCUACAUUAUCGAGUCGAAAUGGACUUUAUUUAAUUGCACCGGAGGCGCGUUUCCUAAAGGUACACUGGGAGUGAAUUUAGUGGUGGCAAUAUUUAUCAGAUGGCGCUUCUCUCUUUGAUUGGCAUUGCAUAUUGAUGAGCUAGCUUACAUUUUCCCGUGUGAUCGACUUGCGUUGGAGGAGCUUCCAUGGCGACCAUGACGCACAUCUGCCCUCUUUACAUCAGCGUUCUGCGCCUGCUCCUGCUGAUGCGCGCACUACCGGUGCGCGCUGCCUCCAAGGCCAUCGUGUGUGAACCCAUCACGGUCCCCAUGUGCAAAGGCAUCGGCUACAACCUGACCUACACGCCCAACCAGUUUAACCACGACACUCAGGACGAGGUGGGGCUGGAGGUUCACCAGUUCUGGCCGCUGGUGCGCAUCCACUGUUCCCCUGACCUGCUCUUCUUCCUCUGCAGCAUGUACACCCCUAUCUGCAUCCCGGACUAUCGCAAGCCUCUUCCCCCGUGCCGCUCCGUGUGCGAGCGGGCCAAGCGCGGCUGCUCCCCCCUGAUGAGCCAGUAUGGGUUUGAAUGGCCCGAGAGGAUGAGCUGCGAGGGGCUGCCAGAGCUGGGUGAUGCUGACCGCCUCUGUAUGGACCGGAACAGCAGUGACGCCACUACUCUGUCCCCAGGCCCGGCCUUCCCCCCGAAGCCUACCCCCAAGGCCCCCUACCGCAACCCAGCCCGCCGCAGGCCGCAUCUCCUGCCCAAACCCCACCACAGUCACCACCACCAGGACUGUGAACAACGCGGCUGCCACUGUCGCCACCCCCUGGUGUCCGUCAAGCAUGAGGCCCGCUCACUGUACGGCCGCGGCGUCCACACAGGCCCCAUGGAGAACUGCGCCCAGCCCUGCCGUCAGCCCUACUUCACCCCGGACGAACACGCCUUCACCUCCCUCUGGAUCGGCCUGUGGUCGGUCCUCUGCUUCGUCUCGACCUUAACUACGGUGGUCACGUUCCUGAUUGACCGUGACCGCUUCUCCUACCCCGAGCUGCCUAUCGUCUACCUGGCUGCCUGCUACCUCUUCAUCUCCCUGGGAUACAUGGUGCGGCUGGUGGCGGGCCACGAGCGUGUGGCGUGCUCCGAGGACGGCGGGCAUGUGCUGUACGAUGCUUCGGGCCCUGCCGGCCUGUGCACCUUGGUGUUCCUGCUGGUCUACUUCUUUGGCAUGGCCGGCGCAAUCUGGUGGGUGGUGCUCUCGCUCACCUGGUUCCUGGCGGCUGGUAUGAAGUGGGGCAACGAGGCCAUCGCCGGGUACUCGCAGUACUUCCACCUGGCCGCCUGGCUGGUGCCCAGCGUCAAGACCAUCGCCGUGCUGGCCCUGAGCGCUGCUGACGGAGACCCUGUGGCAGGGAUAUGCUACGUGGGCAACCAGAGUGUGGAGAGCCUGCGGGGCUUCGUGCUUGCUCCCCUGGUGGUCUACCUCUUCACAGGCUCCCUCUUCCUCCUAGCAGGGUUUGUGUCGUUGUUCCGCAUCCGCAGCGUCAUCAAGCAGGGGGGGACCAAGACGGACAAGCUGGAGAAGCUGAUGUUAAGGCUGGGCCUCUUCACCGUCCUCUAUACGGUCCCUGCCGCGGUGGUGGUGGCCUGUCUGGUGUACGAGCAGCACCUCAGGCCCCAGUGGGACAGGGGUCUUUCCUGCUCCUGCCAGGCUGAGAGAGAGAGGCUAAGCCUAGGGCCAGACCACGCCAUCUUCAUGCUGAAGUACUUUAUGAGCCUGGUGGUGGGGAUCACCUCGGGGGUGUGGGUGUGGUCGGGGAAGACUCUGGAGUCGUGGAGGAGGUUCCUGGGGAGGUGCUGUUGUUCAUGUCCCUGCUGGGGCCACAAACCGUCCAGCGCGUCAGUAUACAGCGAGGCCAGCACAUCCCUCACGACACGCACCGGGCUGCUCCCCUCGCAGUCUGAGCACAAGUCCCUGUCGCACCCAUCUGUGUGACCAGACUGGCUGGAUGCUUGUCAGACUCAUGGUGCUCCACAGAGAGUGACUGGAUGGAUGCUUGUCAGACUCAUGGUGCUCCACAGAGAGUGACUGGAUGGAUGCUUGUCAGACUCAUGGUGCUCCAGAGAGUGACUGGAUGGAUGCUUGUCAGACUCAUGGUGCUCCAGAGAGUGACUGGAUGGAUGCUUGUCAGACUCAUGGUGCUCCACAGAGAGUGACUGGAU